UUUUUGACAGUUGUCAAAUAGACAUCACUAUUUGAUAGACAUUUAAAUGGGGCGAAUAUAAAAAAGGGAACAAUUUUUCAAAAACUACAAAAAUAAAAACAGGUUGUUUCGUGUAGCGAUCCUAGGGGCAAAUAGCUACGAGCUAUUCACAACGAAGAGGACUUUUCAUUAACGAGCUACAACAAACGCCCAGCAAAAUUAAUCUUGUGUUUUUCUCAUGGACCCAAUAAAUAACGUUUUUAAUAUUCCUUUGGAACUAUGGACCAAAAUCUUCACGUAUCUACCGAGGCGAGACCGUUUUGUAUGCAUGUGUGUGUGCCCCAGGUGGAGGGAAGCAAUGGACGUACCCUCUUUAUGGAAACACAUGAUCGUUCGAUUGGAUACAGAUUUUUUCGAGGUAAGUACUAUACAGUUGACCAUCGAAUUUUGCAAAUACAUCAAAUCGCUGGAAUUGCGAUUUGAGUAUUCAGACGAACCAAUACAAUGGAUCAAUCAUAAAAUGCUGGACAUCACAAAACGAACAUACAGAUUUUUAUCCAUAUUUGUCAACAAGAACCGACAGAUUAAGAAAUUGAUUUUUAACAAUUUCUGCGUUUUUUACAAAGCAAAGAAAAUACUUUACUACUUGACCAUGUUUUUGAGAUCACAAUGCAAAAUCCGUGUAAUCAGUUUUAACGGAUCCUUUUUCACUAAAAAGUCGUUUAUUAAACUUCUGACUAGCUCCCUCAGUACAAACAACAAAAGCAUCGAGUAUUUAGAUAUGCAAAACUGCUAUUGUGAAAGUGAAUAUUUGACAAUGCCAAACCAAUUCAAUGUUCUUGCAAGUCAACUAAUCAUUUGUAUCACAAGCAUUGAACACUUGCUGGUCUUAAGAAUUGACUUCCAAUCUAUGAUAAACAACAACGUAUUAAAUGGAAUACUCAACCACGGAUGUAAGCAUUUAGAACAUUUGGACAUAAGGAUUGCCGAUCAUGACUUAAUAAAUGUGUCAAAUUCUAAAUUAUAUCACAAUAGUAUCUGGUUGAAUUUGAAAAAGAAACUGCCAUUCCUGAAAGUAUCUAUGAUUUUCUAUAACAUUGUUUAUGAGUACAGUUGUAUUGACAAUAUCCUGACCAGAUCUAUUCCGUUGUUCUCAAUUGCAUGGGUAAGUGAUGGAUUUCUUCUUAAAGAUGUCGUGCAGAAUAGCUUCAGAAAGUAUUCGAAUUCAAUAGAAUUUGUUAAACUAGUAAUGAAGGAGUACUAUUUGAAUGAAUUUAUACAAUUUGCUGUUCAAGAAUGCCCGAAACUUAGAUGGAUGGAACUAAGUGGCAGAAUCUUUAAUGUACGUGGUUUACAGCAGUAUCUUCUGGAAGCAAACUUCCGAGGAUUUAAAAACUUUGAUAUCUAUGUCCGAUCGAUCGAGCAAAGCGAUGAAAUAACUAUAUCUUGUGACAGAGUCUUCAAGUCAUCUGUGAAAAGAUCAUUACUUUCAAAUUGUGGCGGUUGUAACUAAAUUUUUGUUUGUGAAAUUAGUAGUCGCCAAUAAUAUCUCUUCGAAACCAUGAA